UCCUCACAUAUUUACAUUCCUGUUCUUCUUCAUUCCUUUGAGUAGAUCCACGUUUCCAUCUGGUAUCAUUUUCCUUCACCUGAACAACUUUCUUUAAUAUGUCUCAUAGUACAGGGGCGCCUGGGUGGCUCAGUCGGUUUAAGCAUCUGACUUCAGCUCAGGUCAAGAUCUCAUGGUUUGUGAGUUCAAGCCCCACAUCAGGGUCUCUGCUGUCAGCGCAGAGCCUGCUUCAGAUCCUCUGUCCCCUCCCCACAUCCCACACCCCUCACCCCUCACUCCCCACCCCCGCUUCUCUGCCCUUCCCCUGCUCACGUGCUCUCUCUCUCUCUCUCUCUCAAAAUUAAAUAAAAACAUUUUUUAAAAAUGUGUCUCAUAGUACAGGUCUGCUGGUGACCAAUUCUCUCAGCGUUUUGUCUCAAAAGUUUUUAUUUGCCUUCAUUUUUAAAGGGUAUUUUCCAUGAAUAUAGGAUUCUAGGUUGGCAGGGUUUUUUUUUUCCUUUAGCACUUUAAAAAUGUCAUUCAGUUGUUUGAUGGCUUGCAAAUUUUCUGAUAAGAAGUGACUCUUAUCUUUGUGCCUCUGUAAAGAACAGGUCGUCCCCACCCCCCAGAGCUGCUCUAAGAUUUUCUCUUUAUCACACUAGUUUUCAGCAAUUUCAUUAUGGUGUGUUUUGGUGUAUGUGUGUGGUUUUUUUGGUUUUGUUGUUUGUGUGUUUAGUCUGCAUAGGGAUUGGUUCUCAUCAAAUUUGAGGGAAAAAUUCCAGCCAUCAUUUUUUCAACUAUGUUUUUAUCCUUUUCCCUCUUUUCCUCAUCUCAGAUUCCAAUCACAUAUGUGUUAGGUGAUUUUCUGUUAUCCCAGGUCACUGAGACUUUUUUAAAUAUCUUUUUUUUCUUUCCGAUCUUCACUUGGGAUAGUUCCUAUUGCUAUGUCCUCAAGUUUUCUAAUAUUGGAGGGGAGGGGAUUCAUUGUCUAAUCUGCUGUUAAUCACAUCCAGUGAAAUUUUUAUUUUAACUAUCAUAGUUUUCACCUCCAGAAGUCCCAUUUGGAUCUUGUUUAUAUUGCCCAUUUUUUUCAUUAUGUUUCUGUUUUUCUUUCAAUACUUAUCCACAAACUAGCUGUUAUCCUUGUCUGUAAGUUUCAUUUUUGAGUGUUUCCUAUUGACAUGAUUUUCCUUGCCAUGGGUCACAUUUUCCUGCUUCUUGGCAUUUCAGUAAUUUUUUCUUGGAUGUUGGACAUCAUAGAGAUUAUAUUGUUGAGUGUCUAGAUUUUGUUGUUUCACUUUGAGAAGUGUUGGACUUCCUUUUUUGGAGGUAGUUAUUUAUGGAACAGCUUCAUCACGUUGAAGCUUAUUUCUAAGCUUUUGUAGAGCAGGUUCAGGGUAGCUGUGACUCCAGGGGUCAGUCAGUCGUACUACAAGGCCUGGCCCCUCUGAUUCUAUACUGAAUGCCCCCGGUGAUCACGGAGGACUCUCUACCCUGGCUGGUUGGAUACUGAACAUCUCCCUACCUUUGUGUGUCCUGGAAAUUGUUCAGCUUAAAGCUUCCUGGUCAUUCUUUUCCUAGUCUUUGGGAGUUUUAUUAUGCAUGCGUGUUAGGAAAAGUUCAAGGGGAGCCUUCUGCUGAUUUUUUGGAGCUCGUUUUUCCUGCAUAGCUCCCUCCUUUCUGGAACUGUGUUCUGCAGCCUCUAGCUGCAUCAGCUGCCCCAAAUGCUAGUCUGUGUCUUGAUGGAGCCACCAAGCUCUGUUUGAGUCCCCCCCUUCCCUACACUCUCAGUCUGGCAGUUGCCUCCAGGCAGAGCCGGGCAACGAUGAGGCUCAUCUCCACUGUGUUUCUUCUGUUGGGAUCAUGAUCCAGCACUUCCUGCUGUCCAAUGUCUGAAAACUUGUUUCACAGCUAUUUUGUCCAGUUGUCUACUUGUUUAUGGCAGGACAUCAUUUGUUCCUUGUUACUCUAUCAUGACCAGAAGUGGAAGUCUCUGUCUAUCCCUUUUAAUAUAAUAUCUAAUUUUAUGCAAAAGUCUUCCUGGAGUAUCUGGGUUUUCUACUCCUUGAGCUACUGGAAUAAUGCCUCCUUCUCAGUCAGGUCUGGAUUGAAUUGAAUUGACUUGAUAUCAGAACAGAAACCAUAAUCCUGUUCCUUUGAACUCACUGAAAUGGGAGGCCUAUGAUGCAUACACGUUUGUGGUAUCUUAAUUACAAUAUUUCACAUAUUUUGCAAUCUGGGAGAAAAAGGUAAAUUGUACAUAUCGUUCAGAUCUUGUAUUUAGCAGCUUGGUAUUUGAAGAUCUUUUCUUUGCGGCUUCUUUUUUUCCAGCAAUUUUGUUCAACUUUUCAUUUUGUCAGACAUACCACAGAAACGGUCUGGUCUGCAUCUCUCUCGCUGUCACCUGGUUCAUUGUUUCAGUUGAAUGGGGUAUGGCCUCUACAGGGCCUUGCUUCUGGUCAAGAAGACCUAACUUCUCUUGCCUCCAGUGGCCCAAUCUGGUUUUUCUGUUGCCCCUACAAAGUUGGAAAGGUCUCUCACUUCUCACUUAGUUAGUUCUUCUGAUAUUCUUUUGGGGAAGCUUCGUUCCUGGGCAGUGUGAGCACUGACCUCUUUGAGGCUGGCUGCUAAGGAAACCUGUGGCCGGCCUGUCUCUGAGAGUCAGGCUCGCUACCAUUCGUUCUGCACCUGUGUCUAUAUUCUCCGGGCUGUUCCUGGGCCAACAUUCAUUUGUUUUGUUUGGGUUCUCUCUGGCCUGCCUGUAUUCUCUGCUACCUGUGUUCUCCACUGUUUGGGGUCUGUUUUCUUAGGCAUACCUGUGGCUCCGGCUUGUCACUCAGCUGCUGUGCAAGAGAAGACUGAAUAAGAUUUAAAACCAGGGAAAAGGAAAUCACUAGUCUUGUCCUAGGUGACCCAGAGACAGGGUUAUUGUCGCUCAUGGCUCUUUUCACUUUCCUUAGCUCUGCCUGCCCCCCCAGGGUCUUGCCCUUCCCCAGGAUGGACCCCCAGGAAACCAGGUCCUGGCAGGCCCUCUUGAGAUCCUUGAGGCCCAGCAUGACACACUACAGGACUUGAACCCCUGCUGCUGCCUUCCAUCCCUCUGCUGUCCUCCUGAGAGUCUACCAAGAAACGGGAUUCAGUGACAUUUGAUGACGUGGCCCAGUACCUCACAAAAAAGGAGCGCCUGAGACUGGACGCUGAGCAGAGGACACUGGCAUACUACAGGAAUGUGAACUCCGUGGGCACUGAGGAGUGUGAGCAGGCAGAAAGGGAGGACCAGCUCUUCACAACAAGUCCCUGGCACUCCACCCAGGAGUUCCUGUUUUGAUUGCUGCCUGGCUCCUCACCUGGUACAAGGCCACGUGGUGCUGGCAUCUGAGCCAUCCCUGAACACAGACUGAGAGUACAGUGUCUUGCGGUGCCCGUCUCCAAAAGCAUCUUGGUGACGCAACAGCAGAGAAUGGGUGAAGACGCUCAGCCCCAGGAGAUGGCGUCCACCAGCUCCCCGAUGGCCGGUGCACCCAGCCCUGAGGUCAAACAGAGCAGAGACUCGGAGGGGAGUGGGGGGAGCCCCCAGAACCUGCCCAUAGAACAUCACUUUGCAUGUAAGGAGUGUGGGGAUGCCUUUCGGCUCAAGGUCCUCCUUGUGCAGCACCAGAGAAUUCACAGCGAGGAGAAGGGCUGGGAGUGUGGCGAUUGCGGGAGGGUCUUCAGGGGAGUCUCUGAGUUCAACGAGCACCGGAAGAGCCACGUGGCUGCAGAGCCCCAGCCGGGGCCCAGCCGAGCGCCGGAAGAUGCCAUGGAGGAAAGAGAGCAAAUGGAGAGGGAGGCGAAGCCCUUCGAAUGUGAGGAAUGUGGGAAGAGAUUCAAGAAGAACGCGGGCCUCAGUCAGCACCUGCGCGUCCACAGCAGAGAGAAGCCGUUUGACUGUGAGGAGUGUGGGCGGUCCUUCAAGGUGAGCACCCACCUCUUUCGCCAUCAGAAGCUCCACACUUCCGAAAAGCCGUUUGCCUGCAAGGCAUGCGGCAGAGAGUUCCUGGAUCGCCAGGAGCUCCUCAAGCACCAGCGCGUGCACACCGGCCACCUGCCCUUCGACUGUGAUGACUGCGGCAAGUCCUUUCGGGGUGUCAACGGCCUGGCCGAACACCAGCGCAUCCACAGCGGGGCCAAGCCCUACGGGUGUCCCCACUGCGGCAAGCUCUUCCGGAGGAGCUCGGAGCUCACCAAGCACCGCCGGAUCCACACGGGCGAGAAGCCCUACGAGUGUGGCCAGUGCGGCAAGGCCUUCCGGCAGAGCUCCAGCCUCCUGGAGCACCAGCGCAUCCACACCGGGGAGCGGCCCUACGGCUGUGGCGACUGCGGCAAGGCCUUCCGGGGGCCCUCCGACCUGAUCAAGCACCGGCGGAUCCACAGCGGACUGAAACCCUACGAGUGUGACAAAUGCGGGAAAGCCUUCCGGCGGAGCUCCGGCCUGAGUCGCCACCGGAGGACCCACAGCGGAGCGAGACGCUGCGAGUGCAGCGAGUGUGGCCGCGUGUUCAAGAGGCGGGCGGCACUGCAGAAGCAUCAGCCAACCCACCAUGACUAGACGAGGCCCCGAGGCCCACGGCCCCACGGCCCCAUGGCCGGCGGCGGCUUCCCGCGGGGGGCGAGUCCCUAGAGGGGAGGGCAGAGUCAAAGGAGAUGACCAGUUUUGUAGCGCUUAUGUCUGUUCUCGUCCGGAAGGUUGAACCCAAUUUAUACCGUCACCAGCAAUUUAUAAGUGCACACGUUUCCCAUUUUGCCUGUUGAGAGUUGCUUCUGCGACAUUCUAAUUUAUUUUGACUCGUUUAACUGGCAGGAAGUACCCUCAAGGUAUUUGACAUCCACGGGCCUUGAAGCAGGAGGAGAGAAGAGACACCUGCCUGCGGGGGUGAAGGAGCUCGCAGGACCUCUUCUCCAGGCCGCUCCCUCAGGAGCGACUCAAUGACGGCCUCCGUGUGACGGGACCCAAGCUCUCCUGGAGAGAACAAAGCCCCAGAGUCGUUUGGCCUACUUGAAUUUAUAAAUUUUUAGGGAUGUAAAUAGAAUACUCAAAUGUCUUAUAAUAUUUAAUUUAUUAAUUCAGUUAUACAUGCAUAUUGUAAAUCACAUACUACAUAGAAUAAUAUAUUAAUUUAGAAAAGCCGCCUGUUUUCCCUCACUCCGUUCCACAAGAUCAUUUUAUCCUAAAGCCUCACACGCAACUCUGACCUCACCAUCUUCCCCAACCUCGCAGCCCCCUCUUGAGUCAUCCGACAGUUUCAAAGCACAUCCAAUGGCUUCAACUCAUCUAAGCUGUGUGCCAUGUAGCACUGUGACAAUCCCUGCACAAAGCUCUCGCUAGAAGUUUCCUCCCAAGCCAUAAGUACCUGUUCACAUAACAUUAGGACGAUUGUUGGUUUCUUCAAUUUGUCCUGUAGCCCUACAACAUAACCACUUGAUGUGUUUGCCUUUUCAAAUGACCUUUAAAAGACUUUUUUGAAGCAUCUAUAACUUGUCGUUGUGAGGUCAUACUCUUAGGAAUAAGUACUGAAUCUGGGUUACAUUUCUUUUGCAUCCAUUUUUCUUGAACCAGUUCAUUCCAGUGACUUCCACGUGUGUCCAAAACUAGCAUCGGUUGGGGUCUGUUCCAGGCUAAUAGGUCUUGUCCUCAAGCAGCACUGUUUUCUUCAGAAUUAAAUAGCUGAGGGCACCCCCGUAACAGGGACAUCUCCAGGACUCAAGUAUAAGGUGAUGCCUCUUGUUCGGGAAUGGUAGCCUCUCAUACAGAGCCAGCCCUCUGUUUCAAGCUCUGUAAAACAGGGGCGAUCCCAGGACUACCCCUAAGGUUAUCGUGGGAACUGUGAUGCCACGCCUGGCCCGAAGGCACACACUCAGUGAAGGUCAUCUCCUGUCAUCACCAUAAUUAAUGCCGUCAUCCUAUGACUCAUUAGUACCAGAACUGGGGAUGGACCCAGGCCUCCUGACUCCUAGUCUCAUCUUCUUUCUCUCGUGCAAUGACUUAAAUACUGUUCCUGUUUCCUUGCAUGCAAACCGUACGUUCAUCUCCUUUGACCAGUUAUCAAGUUACCUUUGGACAUAAUGACUUUAUACAGCAGUCCUUUCUACAUCGAUUGUGACGGUCUCUUUUCCAGUUUUAUUGCUUUGCUCUUUGGAGCAGUUUUAUUACAUUUUUGUUGUGCGAGCUCUUAAUUUUUACAUACCCGGGCAUUCACUGUUGUCCGUGAAGCCGUAACUUUCAUUGCUUCAGUAGUUAGAUACGAUGAUGUUUUUUUCUAGAAUUUUAAUUACAAGUGAAAAGUUGAAAGCCCUGCCCCACCAGAAGGUGGAUGCACCAGGUGGGCAGGCUGGAUGGGAACGGGCCCCAGAAGCAGGCUCUCUCCUCAUCCACGAUGCGGACUCUGCAUGUCUGUGGGCAGUACUUGACUAUCCAACCUGGCCACUCAGACACGCGAGAGAAACUUCCAUCUCGGAUGGCCAGAACAUUCUGACUGUUCCUCAGUAUAGCCCUACCUGGCAGCAGCAGGGCUGGGCCUCAACUAGAUCAAUGGGGCGGUCCAAACGUGGUCUUGGCCACAGCUGGCUGUCCUCCAAGCUCCAGGGAGCUUUGGCCAUGCCCAGCACGGAUUCAGUGCUUGAGCAGCAGACCCACCAGAGACACAUCUCCUCGAACACAAGAAGACUCACUUGACCGAUGCUGUCAUGUGGAUUGCAUCCUCCUCCUAGCGAGUGACUCUGGAACUAGAAAGAGGUCAGUUUGGUGGCUUUUGCUUUGGGCAACUAGGGGGAAAUUCACCCACGUGUUCUGAUGUUACCUCCCGCAGCCACACCCAAGGAGCAGCAGAGCAAAGGCUCGGAGAGGAACGGCGCCCCUCCGAUGCCCGGUGUGGCCUGGUGAUAGAAGCUGGCCACCACAGGCCUGGGCUGUGACUUGCAGCAGCCAUGCCCGGGAGGGGUGACAAAAGAAGGGUUUGGAGGGCACCGAUGCCCUUCUGACGGCCCGUGUGGCAUAGAAAUAGAAGCUGGUCAUCCCGGGGCCAGGCUGUGACUUCCGACAGUCUCCCCCGGGGGGAACAGCAGCAAGGGCUGGCCAGAAACCUGGCCCCCGGUGGCCUGCAGAACCCGCAGGUAGAAGCCAGCCAUGCUGGGGCUGUGGUGUGACUUCCCAGCAGCCGUGCUUGGGGGGCCUCUCGAGGGCCCACAGAGGAAGCAUACGCUUCUGAUGGGCCCGCCAAGGCUGAGGCCGAGCUUCCCGGCAGGCACAUCUGGAAGAGCUCCUCAGGCCCCCAUCCUGGGAAGCAGGGUCCCAUGGCGACCCCUGUGACCUUAGCCAGAAGGUCCUCUGGAAUGGCCCCCCGGGCCACAACGGUGGCUCUCUGUGACGUCUCCAGCCUGACCCUCAGGCUGGAGAGAAGCCAACAGCACCUGUUACAUAGCAACUCCUUUUGCUCUGUGGGCUUCAGUUCUCGCAGUAGUUGUGAAACUGUGUCUGCCAUCACCGCUUCCUUCGGCAUCAGUUUUCUCUUUUCAAGCUGUCAGGACGUGUUUGACACCACUGUCAUUCGGGAAAGAAUUUGACAUUCACGGGGGGCAAGUCUGGCAGCUUUCACUGGGAGCGCUCUGCCAUUUCUUGCUUGUUCACUAGCCAUCUGUCAGGUUUUAUGAAGGAUCCAGAUACAGUAUUAACUCAGAACCUAGCGUUGUCGUCACUGCUCCCUCUCUCCCAAGCCAGGACAUGGCAUCUUGGCAUCCUGGCCGCCUGUCCUGCCCUCCUUGACUUUUUUCCAUUCCCCAUUCUAUAAUUUUCUCCCAAACCCUCUUCUAGAGUUAACACUAAAGACCGCAUCUUCUCUGUCACUGUGUUUGCGGGUGAAGUCUGUGCUCUCUCUGGCGCAAGCAGUCUGUGGCUUUAAUGUGUGUCCUGUAGUUGUGCCAAGUUCAGUUUUUGCCUCUGGUAACUUGGGGGUGGAUUUCCUUGGCUUCUGUAGGUAUACUGCUACAUCAGAUGCAAAAUGUGAUCAAGCUUCCUAUUGUGUGGGCUCGUCUAUGCAUUUGUGUAUCUACCUCGUUUCAUUUUUUCUUUCUAAUCACCCAUAUUUCUUUUGCAAGGGAAAUGAAGAGCAGUUGGGUUACAUAGAAUGCCGACUCGCGUUAGAAAUAUAUCCUUUUCUUAUAUUCUGAAAGAAACCUUCCAUUGCUUUUAUUAAAGUUUUGAAUACUUGCUGAAAUUUUUAAAUGAAAGUUCCUGUUUACCAUUUUUGCUGCUUAUUAAGAUUAACUGUGUUGAUUAGUUGUGUCGUACCCACUUCUGCAUUUCCAGAAUGAGCCCCACCCAAUCACAGAGGGUACCUUUGUCUCACAGUGUUGGCAUUCCACGUGCUCCAGGCUUCAGCCCUGUUGUGUGCCCUGUGACCCUCACUCCCCUUCCAGGCCACACUAAUCAAACCAGAACUGAACACUUGACUCAAGGGCAGCACCUUGUCAUCGGAGCUGGCUGGCAACGACAGGCUGGGCCUUUCGGGUUCUCUGUGAAGUGCAAACAAGAAAAACGAGAGAGAAUCUUCUCGUUGGUAUUGGAAGGAAGAGGGAGCCACGCAGCACUUAGGGGAGUUGACCCGAUAGGUGGCACCAGCUUGAAGAUCCUGCUAAGCACUCCAGAGCUGUCUCCCUGAGGCAGUCCAGGCCCCAUCAUGUUCUUGGAUUUCUGGCAACUGCCCUCACCAGUUCAUUUGUGUCCCCACCAGAGACUCCCUUGACCUGAGCCAGCCUGAUUGGGUCUCUGCUUUUUGCAAUCUGUCAAGAGUCAAUUGCCUUUUACCAGUUGGCUGCUUCCUGAGAAGAAUCACAUGGCUGGUUUCCCUCAUGUUCUACCCGACUCUAGUUCCUGGCCCGAGUCCCACCUGACUGUUGUAGACACCUGUUUAAAUGUGGUACUCUGUUCACUCAGAUGGGGAAAACCUAUGCCUUUUAGUCUCAGUGAGUUUGACCGAUGCCUCUGUCCGGGUGUUCCUGUACGGAUCCCAUGUGUGCCCCAUGAAAUGAUUUAAGUCAACACCCACCCUGUUCUUUACUUUGGAAGUGUCUCGCUACUUCCAGAAAAUCUGUGAGAUUGGGGAAUUGAGAAUUUCUCUAUUACUAGUAUACUUACAUUCUGUACUUCUCAUGGUAUCAGUUUAGCUGUUUACUUUGGAAACUAGAAAUGGUCUCUUUUAACUUGGCCUUUAAUGUUAUUUGCAUAUCUAAGAAGAGUAGCCGUGUCCGCCCCAGUCCACCGUUCAUUUGUUGGCGCUUUUUUCUCAUCCCUCCCUGAUCUCCUUAACUUGUCUGUUUUAUGGCACUUACUAUAAUCAGCCUUGCACUAGAGCUUCGGCCUCCCCACCCUCUCCCACCUGUUAGAUUGUGAGCUCUUAUAAGACAGGGGUGAUCCUUCAUGUCUGAUUCCCCUACCAGAUCUAGCACAGUGCCUUGCAUCAAGUAGAUUUCAAUAAAUAUAUGUUAAAUGGCA